UUCUUCCGCAGGACGACCACCGUCCUCCGCCCUGACUUGUCUCUUAAGUUCUCUUUCCGGAAGAGCGUUUGGAAGUGCUGAAGAGUGACAGGAGGCGUUGCUGGUGAUGUCGCUCCCGAGAACGCCCCCCACCUCCUUAACCUCCGUGUCAGCCCCGGAAGGGAGAAGGUUAAAACCAGCUGUGGCCAAGGGAGAGACAGGAGGCCUUCCUGAGCUAAGGGGGAAGAAAAGCAUGCUAGAGCAUCCCGGAGCCCUGCCCGCAGGCCUCAGCAAUGAGUCCAUCCCCGAGGAGGUGCUGCUGUCGCUGGCCUACGCGGCCGACGCUGGGCCCUGUCCCGAGUACUUGCUGCCUCUGAAGAAGACAAAAAGCCCGAGGGGCACUCUUCCACGCCCUGUAGACCGCGUCUGGCAUCACCCUGUUCGAAGGGAUAAAUUCAGAUACCUCAUUGACCAUCCGGUGUCCCUCACAGGAGCUGGAAGGGACAUUUCUUUCCUGUAUGAUGUUAAACACACGGAAGGCAAGGUGCAGGAGAACGCACUUUGUCCCCCAGCUCCGGACCGGUCACCACCAUCGCAUGAUGGCGCCAUUGUGCCCCGUAAGCCAAAAACCCUAAUGGAUACUUUGGUUCCUGAGGAAUUCCAUAUUGUGUCAAGUACAGGAGUCUCAGGUUUGGAGUGUUACGAUGACAAAUACACGACUCUCCUUACGGAUAGUGAAAACAGGCUGUUGCUCUUCCCAUCCAUGAAACCAAAUAAAAGAGUAGAGGUGGUCCAGCUCAGUGAUGUGAUGGAUGCUAUGUUAGAGAGGGCUACUGUGGAAAAUCAAGAAUACUCAGGACCAACCAAGAUGCAUCAGCUGCUGCACAUGCUCAGGAAGGAACAGUCCAUCUACAACACCGUGUUCCAUGAACUGAUUCGGCAAGUCAGCGUCGACUGUGCGGACAGAGGAGAGCUGUUGUCCAAAAUACGGGAGAGGUACGUGCAGAUGCUUGACCAGAUUGCCCGGCACAUGAUCGACUUCUACAAGGACUUGGUGACGCAGCGCGUGAUGGACCAGCGCAUCUUACAAGAAUUAUAUAAUUUCAAGAACGUGAUCGAGGAACUGACCAGGGAAUUGUGUCUAGUUCGGGCACAUGACAUGAAAUUAACAAAGGAAGCAGAGAAGGCCCAUAAGGAUUUGGCUCAAGCUCUUUUGGAUGCUGAAAAGAACGCCAAAAUUGUAGAAGAAUACCACGAAUUAUAUUCAUUGCAAAGAGGAAGGAUGGAGAGUGAUAUUAGACAAUUAAUGGCAGAAAGAGACCACUGGAGCUCAGCUACCCAUGAACUGGCCCUAAAGGUAAUUGAAAGAAAUAAAGUCAUAUUGGCACAAAGACUUUACCUCAAUGAAAAAGCCUGGAAUAAAUAUACUAAACAUUUCAUCAUACUGCUCUCAACCAAGGAUACUGCAGACCUUGCAAUGCUGCAGAAGUUGACACAGAAGUGGAGGAACUUAAUGAAUAAGUUUAAACAGGAGGUGGAGCAAACUGAAGAAUGUACCUUGGAGAAACUGAAACUUGUUCAGGAUGGCAUUAUCAAAUGGCAUCAAGUCUUGGUUGAUAAUCCUGGAAAAGAUAUGCUGCCCCAUAAUAAGAAAAAUGUAUUAGAAUUAGUUCUUCUGGAAUUCAAGCAGUGGCAAAAGAUGCUGACAGAGGAGAAAGCAAGGAUUUCUGGGGAAAUGGUAGUGUCAAGGCAUGAUAAUAUCAAGAUUAUUAGGCAUUUACAGGAAAACUGGGCAGAUGUUGGCCUUGGGAUAUUCAGUCGCCAUAGAAGCCUGGAAGGGGAGCUGCCCGCGGAGCAACAGUACAUGGAGGAAAUCCUGAAAAACAUAGACAAACUCUUCAAAGACUAUGAAACCAGAAUAAAUGGAGACCAUGGGGCCGCUAAAGUGGUUCCAAGUGUGAUUAGCGCUCUCGAAUUCUGUUCUUUCAAGUUGGAAAACAUCCUGGAGUUUCCUGAAACGUAUUUUGAAGAAUGGGUGGUAAUCAAUAGAAAAAUUAAUGAAAUGAGAUCUCAGUUGGAAGCACUAACGAAUAGUGUUGGUGCUGCUUCUCAGUUCGUGGAUGUGGAUUCUGGCUCGGGCCUCCAAGCACACAUAUACAGCCUGAUUCAACAAUGGCUUUUGAAGAUAAGCAAUGAAAUUAACAAUGGGAACAUUGAACUUCAGCGUCAUAUGGAUGAGUUGCACAUAUCUAUGACACAGUGGAUGGUAAAUCUACUCAUCUUGAUGGUUCCUGACUUUACUGACCAAUACGCUCUCCCAAAGUUAGAGGACGAAAGUGUUGAGAAACGCGACAUAGGAAUUGCUCAGUUGGAGAUUGAUGCAAUUGCACUGGCAAAGAGGUUGUCUCAGUAUUCCAGCCAUUUGAUCAGUUGUUGCAAAGGGAUGGCAACAGCAAUGGCUCUGAGCAAGGCAACUCACUUAGACAAAAAUCCUGCCAAGGAACUUGAGGAUCUGGAUAAAAUGAAGAAAGAAUGUUAUGAGUGGAUCAAUACCUGCUCUCACCUCGUGUCUGAUCUCAAAGGCAGAACUAUAAAACUGCUGACACACGAAGAGCUGCUGCAGCUCCUUGGAGAAGAGGAAGUUGCGAAAGAAUUGAUGGAGUCCAAAAUGAGUAAAGAUGUUAAAAGGGCAAAAGAAGAUAAGGAAGAGAAGAAACAUCAGGAGAAAGCAGAAGAGGAGCCUCCAACAGCUACAGAGAAGGAACAGAGAAUUCGAUCCAUUGGAGAAGAUGAAAAUGUUCAUUCCAAACCUCUCUUCGGAGCAGACAUACUGUCAUCCUGGAGAGAAUCAGCAAAGCAAGGCACGCUGGCCCAGAAGUAUCUGGAAGCAAUGGCUGUAAUUGAACACUUGCAGGAGAAGGUCAUGGAGGUUGAAAGCAGAGCCAGACUGGCAGAGGACAAGUUUGAGGAUGUCAACGAGCAACUUCAUUACACCCUGAUCAGGAACAAGGAUCUGGAGAAGGAGUUGGAGGAAAUGGUCAUGAAGACUAGAAAGAAGGAGGCUGAGGCCGAGGAGGACAAUGAAAGGGACAAGGAGGAGGGCAAGGAAGAUGAGGCCGAAGAAAAGGAAGAGGAGGAGAUCAAGCCAGCCGGAAGUGCCUCAAAGCCACUGAAGAAAGAAUCAUCCCGCAAGGAGGUCACUGGAGUCACAAAAUCCAAAAGCCGUGUUAGAUACACCAAGACCAAACCCAAGUAGCCCUGGUGGCGCCCCGGGGGUCACUGCGGCCAUGUCCACCGCACACGCCCUAGAGGGCACUGUGACACGCAGCUGAC